CCAAUCAGAGACGCCAAUCGUGGAGACUAGGAAAUGGUAAAAAGAAGACGGAAAACUAAAAAAGUUCAGAGUAGACAAUGGAAUAAAUAACGUUUACAUAUAAAUAGUAAUUGUAUGUUGCAAAGCCUGUUUCUUACACAAAAAAACACGUCAAGGCGUUCGGCAAUGAUCUCUAUUAAUGCCCCGUAAAGUCAUAAAAACAGAGAAGCCUCCGCUGCUAUUUCUGGACCGGCCUGUGUGUGGAGCCAGACUCCAGAAUGUGCCCGAAGUCCGAGCAGCACUCAACCCCAAAGAAUUUUUUACAGAGACACAAGCACACAAUAGAUCAGCUCUGAAUUCAUGGGUAACCCCACAGUUUGACACUUCAAUUGCAGCUGCACCUCCAGUGAGACGGGGGAGGAGAAAAUGCCAGUCUGCCACAAGCAUCCUUGACAGUUGCAGUCAGCUGUCCAGGAAAAGCAGUGUGUGCAAAUUCCCCUCAUUAUCGUUUCAGACAAGGUCAAGAGACCAGUCUCAUCAAGCAAGGAGCACACGCACAAAGAAAGCUACAGAGUCUACUGUUGCGUCUGAUGCAGGAAAUCAACCACAGGAAUCUGGCCAAAUCAAAAAGACAGUUCCAAGUGCACAGUACUUAGACACACCAAAGAGACAGCGGGCCUCAAUCAGAAAAAGGAAUGUGGAGAGAUUUUCUGAUGGUGCUGCAUCCUCCAGCAGAUGUUUGGAUCAUCCUGAAACUCCGUCUAUUCGAGGGGAGAGAUGCAGAAUUACAGCAGAUGGUGUUUCAACACCUGCCUCCAGUGAGCUCAGCACCACUGAGGUCAGCAGUGUUGGUCCAGCACCUGAUGUGGACACUCCAAAACUAAUACAAGAGCGGAGUAGUUGUCCCUCCUCCUCCUCUGUACACUUGCUACUGGCUCAACCAUGUACACCGCCAUGUGAUCAGCCACCUGACAUUUUGGUGGCUAACACACCAGAGAGGGAUUAUGGGUUGAAGGUGACAUGGAGGAGGAGGAGGGGUCUGAUGCUGUUGUUAAAAGAGAGGGGCCAUCUCUCUGAUUCAGAUGUGCUAACUCACAGCUGAUGUUAAGGUUUGAUAAGAGCAGGGUUAGGCACUGAUGCCAACAGAAAGGAAACACUUAUUAUUCACUGGACCACUUCUGUGAUCAGAAUUCUUUAUAUGAACUCUUUUUUAUUGAGCUGAAUAGGGCUUCUGCAUUCUAAAACGAUUAUCUCAGUUCACUGACUGUUUAUGUCUUUGUAGUUUGAUUGAACCUCAUAAUGAUAAGCCAAGGAUGUAAUGAAAUAACACUCUCGCCAACCUUCGCACAGCCCUGGUAGUUAUGACUGUAUGAGUCAAAUCAAAUACUGAAUAAAUCAAAAUUGCAGUUUAAUUACUGCAAUAUCCAAGUAGCAAGCCAUUUUCCAUAGGUUUAGAUAGAUUCCAAUUAUACUGUGCUGUUAAAGAUUAUGUUGCACAUCAGAAGCAAUCAAAUCCGAUCCUUUUAUGCAACUGCAUUUAAAUAUUGAUAUAUGGAAAAAGGCUGUGCCUACGUGGGCUGUAACUGAUACCACAGUACCAAAAUCGAGCAAUCUCAAUACAGUUUUGUCAGUGACAUAAAAUCUUGGGUCAGUGGUUUAAUAAAGCUGGGUGGUGCAGUGGUAUUAUUUGAACACUGUUUUUGGUGAUUGUGGACAAUGCUGUGUAACUUAGAAAGAUCAUGUUUUUCAACUAUGUUGCAAAACAAAUGUGGAAUAAAUAUACUGUAUAUGUGCAAAGAGAAAACUGUAUUCUUGGUCUAUAUAGGAGGCAGCAGUUAUUCCUGUGCAAAUAAAAACUAAACAUAAAUACAAUACAUAUUGCUUAAUAAAAUAAUCUA